CAUUUCAUAGAAUGGCUAUGUCAAGUAGUUUAAACGAAUGUGGAAGUGACGAAGUUAGGGGUAAUGAUAAUGAUGAUGAUACAGACAAAUGCUUUCAUUGUGUUGCCGAUGGAGAACCCAGACCGGCAUUGUACUUCUGUUUUAAUUGUGGCGUCUAUGGUAGAUACAUGUGUGGCACUUGCUUCAAGCUUCAUUACCGGUUUGUGAAGAACCAUGAGAUAGUAGGAAUUGGCAAUAAAUCAGCUUCUAAUAGGUUAGAUUAUGAGAACAUGAAAAAAAUGAAAGUUGAAAAAGAUCUUGUGUCAAAACAGGCAGAAAUAAUGCAGUUAAAGAUCCAAGUCAAUCAAUAUUCAAAAGAAAAUCAAUGCCACCAAGCAAGAAUAAAAGAAUUGGAAAUUACAUGUAAAACUAUUGAAAAAGAAAAGAUCCAAGGUGAAGAAAUGGCGAGAAGAAAUUUAGAGCACUUGCAAAACAUUCUUAAAGAAGAAAAGGCUGCUGACAAAUACAAAACGAUCUUAGCAAAAACAGAUGCUUUACAGGACAGGACCCAGUUUGACAAACUUAAAGCAGAAAAUGAAGAACAGAACAAAGAAUUGCAACAGCUGAAAUAUCAACUUAAAGAAAGAAAUGAUAAGAUGAAACAGCUCGAAAAGAAAAUAAAAACAAUCGAAUUUGACAUGGCUGGAAACUACCCUGCGAGACCCGAAAGAAAUCGUUUGAAACUGGAACGUUGUCAACUUAAGACCCAGUUUGACAAGCUUAAAGCAGAAACUGAAGAAAAGAACAAAGAAUUGCAACAGCUGAAAGAUCAACUUCGAAAAGGAAAUGAUAAGAUACAACAGCUCGCAGAGUAUGGGUUACAUUAAAAUCAUGCAAACAAGUUUCUUUAAAAAAGAACUUGACAUAAAAGGCAUAUUUGAAAAUAGUUAAUUAUAUAUAUUAUUUAAACAUAAUGUUUGUUUUCAAAUCAAUAUUCAUACCAUUUUAUCAGAGAAUUUUAUGUUUAAUGUAUCUAAGCAUUGCCGUAUCAAACAAUCAUACAUCCAGUCGACCACAUCUUUGGUAUCUUUAUAUUCCUUUUAUAUCAUGUAAACAAACUCGGGUAUCGACAGCAAUGCUUUAUUAAAUAAAGAAACUU